UCUCCGUAUUGACCGUUCUUCUGCCUUGUCGGAAACUGCCUCCAUUUCUUCACUACCCCUCCGCGACACAAUCUCCGGCUGCCGCGCUAGUUGAUUCCCCCUCGCCGUCGCCGGCCACCUCGCCGCCGCCGCCGCCGCCGCCGCCGGGGAGGUCCCUCCCCACGCCGUUCUCUGCGCCCCCCCAGAUCGAGGCCUUGCUCGAUCGAAGACCUUAGCCGGCGCAGCCGCGGAGGUGGCGCGCGGUGCCUGAUUCCCCACCCAACCAAACCCUAGAGCCCAAAUCCGGAGGGCGGGGAUUUGCGCCGCCGCGGGCUGGUGCGAGUCUCCUCCAGGGCGUGGUCCCCCUCAUGGCGCGGCGGCGCACGUGCGGGUGAGCUCGGGCCACCAGGCCAUGGACGAGCUCAACCUAUUGCGGCAGCACCAGCACCAGCACCAGCACCACCUGGUGGUGCGCGGCCUCGGCGAGGAGAUCGACCUCGAGAUCGGCCCGGGCGACGACCCCUCCUUCCCCGGCGCGGCCCUCGUCGGCGUCACCCCCGGCGCGCACGACCCCGCGGACGACCACAAGAGCCUCCUCAUCCCGUGCUCGCAGCCCGUCGCCGAGGGGCAGCCGCAGCCGACGCCGCCGCAGGUGGAGGAGCACGACGGGCUGCUACGGCUGCCGGGGCAAACCAAGAAGAAGAAGAAGGUGGUGAAGAAAUGGAGGGAGGAGUGGGCGGACACCUACAAGUGGGCCUACGUCGCCGUGCACGACAACACCAGCAGGAUCUUCUGCACCGUGUGCAAGGAGUACGGGCGGAAGCACCGCCGGAAUCCCUACGGGAACGAGGGGAGCAGGAACAUGCAGAUGAGCGCGCUGGAGGAGCACAACAACAGCUUGCUGCACAAGGAGGCGCUGCGGUUGCAGACGGCGUCCAAGGAGAACGCGCAGCCCCCUGAGAUCGAGAGGCCGGUAUAUGUCAAAGCUCUGUCGAAAACUGCAGCCUCUAUACUUGAAUCUAUCCUAAAGAAGGACCCUCAUGAAGCUGAGUUUAUACAGUCUAUCCAAGAGGUGGUUCAUUCCUUGGAACCAGUUUUGGUGAAGAACUCCCAACAUGUCCAAAUUUUGGAGCGUUUGUUGGAACCUGAGAGAUGCUUUAUCUUCAGAGUGCCAUGGGUUGAUGAUAGAGGUGAAGCACAUGUAAAUCGAGGCUUCCGUGUGCAGUUCAGUCAAGCGUUAGGUCCAUGCAGAGGUGGUCUUCGUUUCCACCCUUCCAUGACUUUGAGCGUAGCAAAAUUUCUAGCUUUUGAGCAGACUCUAAAAAAUGCUUUGUCACAAUAUAAACUUGGAGGAGCUGCUGGAGGGAGUGAUUUUGAUCCCAAGGGUAAAAGUGAAAGUGAGAUAAUGCGUUUUUGUCAAAGUUUCAUGGAUGAGCUGUAUAGAUAUUUGGGGCCUGAUCAGGAUUUUCCUGCUGAAGAUGUUGGUGUGGGUCCAAGAGAAAUGGGUUAUCUUUUUGGGCAGUAUAGACGCCUUUCUGGUCAUUUUCAGGGGAAUUUUACAGGGCCUAAAAUCUUCUGGUCUGGUUCUAGUUUCCGAACAGAAGCUACUGGAUACGGACUGGUAUUCUUUGCACGUGUAGUGCUUGCUGAUAUGAACAAGGAACUCAAAGGAUUAAGAUGUGUGAUAAGUGGUUCUGGAAAGAUAGCAAUGCAUGUAUUGGAAAAGCUUCUGUCAUGUGAAGCUAUUCCUGUUACAGUUUCAGAUUCGAAGGGUUAUUUGUUAGACACGGAAGGGUUUGAUUACAUGAAAUAUUCAGUUCUAAGGAACAUCAAGGCUCAGCAAAGGAGCCUCAAGGAAUACUUGAAAUCAUAUCCAAAUGCCAAAUAUAUAGAUGAUGCAAAGCCCUGGAGUGAGAAGUGUGACGUUGCAUUCCCUUGUGCAUCACAAAAUGAGAUUGACCAGGCGGAGGCUCUUGCAAUAAUUAACUCUGGCUGCCGUGUUCUUAUAGAAUGUUCAAAUAUGCCUUGCACUGCUCAAGCAGUUGAUAUCCUACGAACAGCAAAAGUAGUUGUUGCUCCCGCAAAGGCAACUGCCGCUGGUGGGGUAGCAGUUGGAGAACUCGAACUGAACCCUGAGUUCAGUUUGAUGCAGUGGUCAGUGGAGGAUUUUGAGAACAAAAUACAGGAUGCGGUGAAACAAACAUAUGACAGAUCUAUCAAAGCUGCUCAAGAUUAUGGAAUCAUGAAAGAGAACCCAGAGUUAGUUUUCUUCUUGUGCUCUGAGGAUGUCUUCCUUUGUUUCCGCCUGGUUUCAACCCAGAAGCUGAUCGAUCUCUCUAUGCAGGUCGUUGGUGCAUGGUGCAAACAUAUGUGCGUUUCUUAAUAUUGCACAAGCCAUGACUGAUCAAGGAUGUGUCUAGUGAGGCUGCUCAAUAAGCAGAAAUGGCGAUUGUUGCAGUCCUGCAGGCAUGAUCUCACGGGAGCAUAGGUUUUUGUUUAUACAUGCCCUCAAAUCAAUUUAGUGUUGAAAGCUUUCCCCUGGUAGGAAGCGAAGCUUGGGCCCAUCGUAGAACAAUAUAGAAGAGCCCUUUGUUGUUGUAUGUAGUCUCGUAGAUCACCGAUGUAUUAUCCAUUCUUUCUUUUUUUUUUCUUUUUGAACUAUGUAUUGCCCACUCUUACCAACAUCAAUGCCAAUGGGAGGAGGAAAUAGAAGCAAUUCUUUUUGUA